AUGGAGAUCGCGUCGGCUCCCGCGCCGACCGGCUCCAUCGCCUCUCCAUUCCGCUCUCUCCCCUACCCUCUGUCUCUCCGCGCUUCAUGCUCCGCGGCCCGCCUGCACUCCGGUCCAAUCACCUGCAGACACGUGGCCGGCCAGCUUGUCAUUUCACGCCGCGGCAGCAGCAUCAGGCAGGGCGCACGGGCGCGGCCACGUGCAGCAUGUGCUCUUCACACUUCCUCUGGGCUUGUCCCUCAUCUUGUCUCCUCCUCGCCCUCUCCCCCUGCGUCCCCCCCUCCCUCUCCCCUUCCGCCUCCCCCUCCCUCUCUCCCUCGCGCCCUGCAGCAGCUGGUGGGCGCGUAUCACUCAGCUGCAGCGACAGAUGGCUCUCAGGCAGUCGGCAAGUUCGAGGAUGUGGGGCCAGUGGACCCCUUCUCCCUCGUAGCGGACGAGCUCACGGGCCUGGCGGACAAGAUGCGCGCCAUGAUCCUCUCAGAGAUCCCCAAGCUGGCCACAGCAGCAGACUACUUCUUCAGAGUCAGCGCCACCGGCAAGCGAUUCCGUCCCACUGUCAUUCUGCUCAUGGCGUCGUCCCUGGAGCACACCCACUGCACCCCUCCCGUCGCGCUUUCAGGGGCGCCAGGGGUGCCACUUGGGGAGGUGCCAGCGGGGAAGGUGUUUACUGCGGAGGAGAGGAGGGAGAGGCAACGGAGAAUAGCGGAGAUCACGGAAAUGAUCCAUGUGGCGAGUCUGCUGCAUGAUGAUGUGUUGGACCAUGCGGACACCAGGAGGGGGGUGUCAUCGCUCAACUACAUGAUGGGCAACAAGCUGGCGGUGCUGGCGGGGGACUUUCUGCUGGCGCGGGCGUCAGCAGCGCUGGCAGGGCUGCGCAACACGGAGGUGGUGGAGCUGCUGUCCGCUGUGCUGGAGCACCUCGUGGGGGGCGAGGUCAUGCAGAUGACCGCGGAACCCACACAGUGCAGUAGCAUGGAGUACUACAUGCGCAAGACAUUUCUCAAGACGGCGUCACUCAUCGCCAACAGUUGCAAGGCGGUGGCAGUGCUGGGCGGCCAUGACGCCCCCACGGCACAGCUCGCCUACGACUACGGCCGCCACCUCGGCCUGGCGUUUCAGCUGGUGGACGAUGCCCUGGACUUCACAGGCUCGCUCGCCUCGCUGGGCAAACCCGCGCUCAACGACAUUGCCCAGGGGCUGGUGACGGCGCCGGUGCUGUUUGCAGCGGAGCAGCACCCCGGCAUGCACCGCCUCAUGGACCGCAAGUUCUCCCACCCCGGGGAUGUUCAGCAGGCUGUGGCGUGGGUGGAGCAGAGUGGGGGAGUGGCGCGCACCAAGGCACUGGCAGCGGAGCACUGUUCACUGGCAGUGCAGGCGGUGCAGGCCAUGCCAGCAGCCAGCACUGACCCCAUUCCGCAUUCCCCAUUCCGCAUUCCCCAUUCCGCAAGCCCCAUUCCGCGUUCCCCAUUCCGCAUUCCCCAUUCCGCAUUCCCCAUUCCGCAAGCCCCAUUCCGUUUUCCCCAUUCCGCAUUCCCCAUCCCGCAUUCCCCAUCCCGCAUUCCCCAUCCCGCAUUCCCCACUCCCCAUUCCCCAUUCCGCAUUCCCCAUCCCGCAUUCCCCAUCCCGCAUUCCCCAUUCCGCAUUCCCCAUUCCCCAUUCCCCAUUCCGCAUUCCCCAUCCCGCAUUCCCCAUCCCGCAUUCCCCAUCCCGCAUUCCCCAUCCCGCAUUCCCCAUCCCGCAUUCCCCAUUCCGCAUUCCCCCUUCCGCAUCCCCCUUCCUCGUUCCCCCUUCCGCGUUCCCCCUUCCGCAUCAAACCCCUCUGCAAACCUGAGAUUAUACGGAAGGGGAGGCGGAGGGAAGGGGGGGGGUGGGAAGAAUAAGCGUGCAGCAUUCCACAUUCAACCUUCCGCUAUCCCCCUUUCGCGUUCCCCCUUCCGCCAACCCCCUUCCGCAUUCCGCCUUCUGCCUUCCCCCUUCCGCAUUCCCCCUUCCGCCUUCCAGCUUCCGCGUUUCCCCUUCCUCAUUCCCCCUUCCGCCCUCCCCCUUCCGCAUUCCCCCUUCCGCCCUCCCCCUUCCGCAUUCCCCCUUCCGCCCUCCCCCUUCCGCAUUCCCCCUUCCGCGUUCCCCCUUCCCCAUCCCCCCUUGCGCAUCCCCCCUUCCACAUUCCCCCUUCCGCAUUCCCCCUUCCGCAUUCCCCCGUUUUCCCCCCCAUGCCUUAUGUUUCCCCCCAUUCUAUCCCCAUGUUUCCCCCAUACUGCUGGCCCCAGGUGCCAAGGUGAGUGCAUCGCUGCGAACAGCAACGUGUGGAGUACUCACCAGCAAGGGAACCUGGUUCCUGACCACACUCUUACUCAGCCACUCACAUCCUCUUUUCCCUCCCUCCCCUUCCCUUCCAAGGUGCCAAGGUGCCAAGGCGCCGUGGUGAGGGCAUCGCUGCGAACAGCAGUGUGUGAAGUGCACGCCAGCAAAGGAACCUCCGUCCAGAACACUCUUACGCACAUUCGCAUGUCACAUCCUCUUUUCCCUCUCUCUCCUUCCCUCUCAUGGUUGGGUGGUGAGUGCAUCGCUGCUCUCAGCAGCGUGUGGAGUGCUCACCAGCAUGGGAACCUAUCAGCCCGCACAAUCUUACUUGCCUUUUCUCGUCACAUCCUCGUUUCCCUCCCUACUCUGCUAGUGUUCUCACUGUGCAUUGGCGCGCAACAUAGCUCGCCUGGUGCUGGAGGUGGUGUACCUGAUUGGGCUGCUGUGGAACGUGGGAUCCGAGGGGCUGGAGGGGGGUUGUUGCGGGCUGGAAGGGGAUGGGAGGGGCUGGAAGGGGAUGGGAAUGGCUGGAAGGGGAUGGGAGGCUCGGCUUGCCCCUACGUGGUGGACAAAGAGUGGCCCAUUAUCACCACCCUCCCUUUCAGGGCUCUCGCAUGCAGCAUGGAACAAGAGGAGCCAUUUUUGUUCACCUUAGGCUUGCAUUCAGUGUACAUUUACUAUCAAUAG